GAGAACGCCAGAGGUCCCACCCCUCUGACAUUCUUCUCCAUUGGGUUUUGAGAAGGAGACGAAGAGAGGAGAGAGGACGCAACGAUACUAUAGAAUUGAAAAUGUCCCUUUGUCUCACACACACCUGAAGAACAAGAAACGACGAAUCAACGAAUCUAAAUCGUGAGAUUUGUAAUCACAUUUUCGGGCGGGAUGAUUGAAAGUUUGUUUUCGUGUACCAGAGACCACUGUUGAAAGAAAUCUGCAAAGUAUGUUUUAUGGCUACUUUUAUGAUACGAUCAUUAAAACAUUUGAGCAAUAAUAUAAUUUUAACCAUCGCUAAAGAAAAGAAAACUGAUAUGGAGCGACCAUCGAGGAAGACAAAGCUUGUAAAUUAUUCAGAUUUCCAGGACUUGGCUGAUGAUGAUGAUUUUGCCUCUGUGAAAGCACCACCCAGCAAAAAAGCCAAGGAGAGUGUGAAAGAGCCAGCGCAGGAGAAGAGCAAGAAAUCUUCAAACAAGGCCUCCAGUCAAGAGACUAGCUCACAAUCCAUAGGCCACAAGAACAGGAAACCAUUGGAUGAGAAGCUGUAUGACAGAGAUUUGGAAGCAGCUCUUACUUUGUCGUUGCUUAAAACCACCGAGAUAAAUGAGGAACAAUGUUCUUAUAAUCCAGAAAAAUAUGUCAAGAAUCAACCACAAAGAGAUGGUGAAAAUCUGGAUCCAUCAUUACGCCUUUCCAACUCCUGUGUGGACAUCAACCUUUUAGGCCUUGACCAGAUCACGAAUGAUCGGGGAUCCCCUUGCGCCCCCUCCAGACAGAGGAAGGCAGCUUCCAAGGCUACAGAGCAGCAAAGGAGCAUGCUGAAGGAUGGCGAUGAGGACUACAAUCCCAAAGGGACACCAGAUUCAGAGAGUGAUGCUGAUUUCAGUGAUCCAGCUGAAAGUGAUGAUGAUGAGUUCACAGUAAAGAAACCAAAGAAAAAGAACACAGAAGAGAAGACAGCCAAGAAGGAGCAACCAAAAGCUAAACCAAAGGAAGAAAAGCAGCCUUCAAAACCAUCAAAAACCAAACCACAUUUGACAGGGACUCCCAAUCUAAAAACUCCCACCUUAGGUAGAAGUCCAACUGCCAAGCCAGCCUCUGUGCCCAAGAGGUCUCCUGGCACUUCUCCUAUCUCCAGACCUGCAGUCUCUGGCAGUCCAGCGGGGGGCAGAAUACCCAAGUGGAAUCCUCCAGGUCACGUUGGAAGAAGUCCCAGCUCAUCACAGAGUGUCCCAGUGAAGUCUCCAGGGCAGGGUCUAAGACUUGGACUGUCUCGCAUGGUGCGGGUCAAACCCCUGCACCCCAGUGUUGCUAGUCACUGACCCCACCUAUCUAUUAGAGAGGGGCUCUGUGUAAUUGACAGUUGACUUUCAGGAUUUCUUUUGUAAUCCUCUAGAUCUGUCUAUUUUAUAAGAGGCAUUAAAAUUGUACUGUAAAUUAUUAUUAGUCUGGGGUCGUACAUGCUCUCCUUUUUAUAACAGCUUUUUUCUUUUGGACCAUUUGACUUAACAAAGGACAAUUCCCAACUUAUACUGUUUUUUGGCCUAUAACAAAGCCUUCAGAUUUCAAACCCUUUGUGUGUUUUAUUAUUUCAAAUAGAGUUUGUCUUCUGUCUGUUUUUAGUUUUCACUCCAACAUGUAAAUGAAAUGGUGCAAUGGCGCACUCUGCUGGAUAUAAUUAUCUUAAAAUGCAAAAUUAUCAUUGUUAAAGUGGCAAUCAGUUAAAUCAACAACAAAGCGGAGACCCCGCCCCCGUUUUGGUAAAAAGCUGAGGGAUGAGGCUGGAGAAAUGUAACCACUCUGAAAUUCAUAGACAAAGCUGUGGAUGUAAGGACUGACCACCCGUGAUAUCAAAACUAGUUUUAACCAUGUUUUGAGGCUAUAUACCCAAUGGGCAAAAACUGGUUGAAUCAACUUUGUUUCCACGCCAUUUCAACCCAAAAAAUAUAUGUGAUGAAGUUGAAUCAACGUGAAAAACUGAUUUGGAUUUACAAAAAGUCAAGGUAAGGGCAUUAUAUAUUUUUUUCACCCAACUUUUAACCUAAAACGACAUGACAUUUGUUGUUAAUUUUAUGUUAAAUUCGCGUUAGUUGACAACUAAACCAAAUGUAAAUAAAAACGAGAAGUUGAACUGAAGGCUGCCCAGUGGGUAGUGUUUGUUUGCAUUUAGUUGAUUUAUUGUUUCUGUCACAAACAUUGGAGUAAAACAGCUUAUUUUAAAAGUAAAAUAAUGGAUGUAGCAACUACAGAAUGGCCCUUUAUAUAACUUUUUACCUUGAUUUUACUAACAUCAAGUAGAAUAGGCAACUAUUUUUCUAAAAGUUUUGUGGAUUUUGUUCAGCGAAAGCUUUGUACAAUGUAUAAAACAUUAAAGAUUCAAUAUAAACGA